CUUACAACAAAAGUAAAUGUAGUUAAGAAAGUGUUGGGAAAUAAAUAGAGAUAACGAUCUAGAAUUAUGAUUGGUCAAUAAAUCGGCGCUCUCUGUUACGGUUUGCAUCCAUGUCAUCAUCCCAUCUUCAUCACAACUCUCUUAUCUCUCUCUCUUUAAUUAUUCCCAUUUCUUUAAAGCUCUCUCACGAACUCCGGAGCUAACAACAUUCACAAAGAGAGAGAGAGAGAAAACAAAUAAAGCAAAGAAAAAGAUCCAACCUUUUUCUUUCUUUUCUCAGUUCUGCAAUUUGAAGAAGAUGGAAGAAUUUGUUGUUUAUCUUCUUCUAUAAAAACAAAGACGUGGGGUCUGUUUUCAUUUCUGGCCUUGCGAUUCCGAUAAAACUCUCAGCUUCUCAUUCAAUCCAAAUCCACUUCUCAAACAUAUAUAUAUAUUUUUAGAGAGAGUUUACCUUCUUUUUUCCAUCUCUCUCUCUCUCUCCUUCUCUGUCUCUUUGGCUUUUCUCCUCCUGUUCUCAUGGAAGCUUCACCCAAUGAUCGACUUCAUUUUGGCAAAAUGGGUUUCGGGUGUAAGCAUUACAAGAGGAGAUGCCAAAUCAGAGCUCCAUGUUGCAACGAAGUCUUCGAUUGUCGCCAUUGUCACAACGAGAGCACUAGCACAUUGCGCAAUAUCUACGACCGUCACGAUCUUGUUCGUCAAGACGUUAAACAAGUGAUUUGUUCUGUUUGCGAUACAGAGCAGCCGGUAGCUGAAGUUUGUUCGAAUUGUGGUGUCAACAUGGGAGAAUAUUUUUGCAACAUCUGCAAAUUCUAUGAUGAUGAUACUGAAAAACAACAGUUCCAUUGCGAUGAGUGUGGAAUUUGCAGAGUUGGUGGGCGUGAGAAUUUCUUCCAUUGCAAGAAGUGUGGAUCUUGUUAUGCGGUUGGUCUGCGCAACAACCAUCGCUGCGUUGAGAAUUCAAUGCGUCAUCACUGUCCCAUUUGUUACGAGUACCUUUUUGACUCUCUAAAGGACACAAAUGUGAUGAAAUGCGGGCACACAAUGCACUUAGAAUGCUACAACGAGAUGAUCAAACGUGACAAGUUUUGUUGUCCGAUUUGCUCGAGGUCAGUGAUUGAUAUGUCUAAAACAUGGCAGAGACUGGAUGAAGAGAUCGAAGCGACUGCUAUGCCUUCAGAUUACCGCGACAAGAAGGUUUGGAUACUAUGCAACGAUUGUAACGACACAACAGAAGUGUACUUCCACAUAAUAGGACAGAAAUGUGGACAUUGCAGAUCUUACAACACACGAGCGAUUGCGCCUCCUGUUCUUCCUCAAUGACAAAACCAAGAUCUUCCCCAUGUAUUGCCUCCAGAAAGCUAACAAAAGCUUUUUGUUGCAAAAAAACUGAGGCAAAAAGAUUGAUGAUCAUAACAAAGAAAAAAAAAGAAAAAGAUUGAUGAUCAAUUUGAUCAUUGGUCACAAAAGCAAAACACACAUUUGUCUUCUUCAUUUGAUUUGUUGUUGUUCUUAUACUGUUAUAUUUUACAAUUUGUGUUUGGGUGUUGGCAAGCGAGGAUUAUGUAUAAUAUACUCCUCUAUAUAUUCUUGAUCCAGGAAAAGUUACCUGGAUGAUAUGUUUUCAGGGAUUUUUUGAAAACUCAAUUGUUUUGCGA